AUGCAAUUAUUUCGUGAAUUGGUGGUUAGUACACUUGAAGAUGAGGAGAAUGCUAUCGGUAGUAAAGAUGUGAUUGUAGAGAUAGAUGAGUCAAAAUUUGGUGUUCGAAAGUAUCAUAAAGGUCGGUUGGUUGAUGAUGCAUGGGUAAUUGGGAGUAUUGAACAUAAUAAUAAAAGAAAUAUGUUUUUGAGAGUCGUGAAAAAGAGAGAUGCUGAUAUUAUUAAAGAUAUUAUUGUGAGAUAUGUUAAACCAGGAUCUAUAAUAAUGACCGAUUGUUGGAGAGAAUAUAAAGAUCUUGAAGAAUUGGGGGUUACUCACAUGACUGUAAAUUAUAAUGAAUGUUUUGUAGAUCCUGAGACGGGAGCACACACAAAUACUAUUGAAGGUACUUGGGGUGGUGUUAAAUUAAAGGUUCGAUCUAGAAAUCAUAACAAAGGUCUUAUUGAUAAUCAUCUAUUAGAGUUUAUUUGGCGAUGUAGGAAUGAAGAUAAUUUGUGA